AUUUGGGUAACUUUGAAUAAAAUUAGGGAAAACAGGUAGUGGAUCAGAGAAUAAUCAGGGAAAAAUCAGGGAAAUACACCUUAAAAUAUUGGCAGACACCCUGUGCAAGUACCCUUCGCAAGUGUGAAGGGUACUGGCACAUAAUAUAAUGAUACCAUUAUAUCAGAUAUAUCAAUAACUUGUUUUUGAGAAUAAAUAAAGAUACCAAUUACUUGUUUUUGAGAUAAAGUGGAGAAAUUUGUUUGACUUGAAGGGCAGUAUUAGGAUUUUUUUUGUCAACAAAUGGACGAAAAUGAAUUUAUAAAAUUAAAUUGAUUUAUAAAAAGUACUAAAUUUUAAAAUUGAUGGUUAUUAAAAAGAUGAAGUUUACAUUCAAGUUAAUGCAUAUGGCUUUGCAAACAACAACAAAUAGUGUUGCCAAAUCACAAAAAACAGCAUUGAAGCAAGUAUCAAAAAAAAAUGAAAAGUUAUUGGAUAGAGGUUCUGAAGUUGUUAUUAAAGCCAAGAAUAUUAAUGUACAUCAUGGAAAUAACCAAUCUACAUUUUCCACAUUAAAUCUUCGAAGUGAUCUUUUGGAUGGUCUUCAAAACAUACAUAUUACACAGCCAACAAUUAUACAGAUGUUGGGAAUACCAUUGGUUUUACAAAAAAAAAAUGUGUUUUGUGCUGCUCAGACAGGCUCUGGUAAAACUUUAGUGUAUGUUACACCCAUUAUUCAAAAACUGGGAAAUGAAGUUGAAGCUGGAUUUAUUGGAAGGCUUUCAAGACCACGUGUUCUUGUUCUUUCCCCAACAAGGGAACUUGCUUCCCAAAUUUUGAAAGUUUUUAAACAUUUUAGUCAUUACUGUCGAUUUCGAUCAGUUGGAGUAAUAGGUCAAAAUCAAAAGAAAUGGGCUAAAGAUUAUGUUAAAGGUUUAGUUGAUGUUGUUGUGGGAACGCCGUCAACCAUACUUAAGUGGAAUCAAAAAGGUCUUCUAAAUUUUUCUGAUGUCAGAUAUGUAGUAUUUGAUGAAGCUGAUACUUUGAUGGAUGACAAUUUUCGAAAUACAACAUCAGAAUUUUUAAAACUGUUAGAUUGUGAGUCCGAUAGUAAAAAUGGAACAAAUAUUCAAUUCAUUCUUACAGCUGCAACUCUUCCUCCAAAAGGUGUUUUGGGAAGAUACCAAGAAUUUAUACCUGACUUGCAAGUUUGUCAAUCAAAUCUUCAUAAAGUUCUUCCUCAUAUUAAACAUUCAUUUAUGAAAACAAGACAAGACCAAAAAAGUGAAUUGUUAAUUAACAAGUUAACAUUAUUCUUAAGUCAAAGUGAUAAAAAAUGUAUUAUAUUUUGCAAUACAUCAAAGUCCUGCAAUUGGGUUUCAGCAAAAUUAGAUGAGUUAAAAAUUGACCAUACUAAACUACAUGGUGAUAUGAAUCCACAGAUUCGCCUACAAAGCUAUAAGAAAUUCACAGAUGGAAAAACGCGUUUGAUGAUCUCUACUGACAUUGCUUCUCGUGGACUAGAUUCUAAUGAUAUUACUUUAGUUGUAAAUUUUGACUGCCCAUUCAAUGCUACUGAUUAUAUUCAUCGCUCUGGGAGAACGGGUCGAGCUGCAUCAUGUUUUUCUAAAAAUGAGGAAGUUUUAACAUUUGUUACUCAAAAUAAAGAAUUUCUUUUUGCAAAAAAAGUGCAGGAAGCGGCUAAAAAGAAUAAAUGCCUUGAAGGCAUACACAGUAAAAAAAACUCCAUCAAUGAGAGCAUGCCCAAAUUAAAUGGUUUAAAAUAGUGAGUUUGUGGACCAAUAAAAUCCGGCUUUACUUUCUCUGAAGUUUUUUUAUUUGUCGCAAUAAAGUAUACUGGAAACGAAUUUGUAAUUGUUUAUUAUGAAUAAAUGUUCAUUUUCAAUGAAUUCAACCUAAA